CUUGUACCAAUAUCUAUAUGUUCAAAUAAAAUAAAAUACAACUGGCAAUAGUUUGAUUAUUUUAAGAAGAGUUAGAUAUUAGCUAUCAGCACGAUUUAUUACCAGUGUUUCAUUCUGUUUAAAAAAAAUCAUCAACCAAGUGCAUCUGCACUCAAUAUCAAUAUCGGGGUAAUCAGCAUUCGAUUGAUUAAUUGUAGUCCAUAUCAUGAAGGAGAAAAAAAUUUAAACAAUCAAUAGUUUAACUAGCCUUAUAUUCGUUGUUAUACUUUACAUAAUUUCUUUUCUUCACUUUUAUAGAUUAUACUACUUAAUAUCUAAGAAAUAAAGCACUGAUUUAUAUUCCUGUAGAUCAGUAUUACGCAACUAUCUCAACAAGUAAUCAUUUGUAAAUACUUCAUUAUUUAUCUCAUGUUUUAUUAUUUUGCAUUUGGAAGUAAUUUAUUAAAAGAACGUAUACAAUUAUCAAAUAAAUCUGCUCAAUAUGUUGGUAUUGGAGUAUUAGAAGAUUAUGCUUUAUCCUUUGGCGGAUUAAGUAAUAAUUGGUUUGGAGCUACUGCAACAAUUAAACCAUCACCUUCUGAAUAUGUUAUGGGUACUGUAUGGAAAAUGUGUAUGAAUGAUAUGAAAACAUUAGAUUUACAAGAAUCUGCUCCAAUAAUGUAUCGUCCAAUUGAAAUACCAAUUAAUCUUUUCUCUGAAAAAUCUUCAAUUAUUAAUUGUAGAAGUUAUAUAUUGAAUUCAUCUGAAUCCGGCGAUCCAUCUCCAUAUUAUUUAGAUAUAAUAAUUCGUGGAGCUAUUCAAUCUCAACUUCCUCAAUCAUAUAUUGAUCAAUUAAAGAAAAUUAAACAUAAUGGAUAUUUAGGAAAAUGCAAUCUGUAUAUGAAUAUUCUUAACAAUAUACCAAUAUCUGAGCGUUAUAUGUACCAUAUAACAGAUCUAAAUAGAUUACAAUUAGAAUAAAUAUAUACUAUUUUCGUACUUUUAAAAAUU